AUGCAAAGCUCCAAGGUGGAGCGGCUCGGACAGCAGGACAGAAGCAGGAUUUCGCUUCUUACCCGUCAAAAUGCCCGCAUCUCAUUUUGCCUCUGUGACCCUCAUAUCACUCAGUCAUCUGGUUUGUCUAACAUCUUCCUCUCUUCCUGUCCCCUCCAUCCUCCAGGUCGCCCACUCCCUCCAACCUCCUCCUCCACCCUGCUCCCACCGUCCCUCCCGUCCUCCUCGUCCGCCCCUCAUCACCCCUCCCCCGGUCCGUCCCCACCCAUCAGGGAAUGCCAGGUUCCCCUGCUGGAGAAAAACUCCACCCACUCCCACCUGGAGCCCCACCGAGAUGACUCGUACCUGCUCCGGGCUCAGUCCGCCUCCACGGGGGCCGCCAACCACCACAGUCAGUCCACGCUGCAGCCUCCACUGCCGCCUCCACACAACCACCACAACCUGUCCCACCAGUCUGCAAACAGCCUGAACAGAAACACCCUGAGGGGAGGACGGAACCCCAUUCACGCCCCGGCUCCGGGCACCGGAGAUGGACCCACCACCCCGGAGUCGGUCCAGCUACAGGACAGCUGGGUGCUCAACAGCAACGUCCCGUUGGAAACCAGGCACUUCUUGUUCAAGACGUCAUCAGGGACCACCCCGCUCUUCAGCAGCUCCUCCCCCGGAUACCCGCUGACGUCGGGGACGGUGUACUCUCCGCCGCCUCGCCUGCUGCCCAGGAACACCUUCUCUCGCUCAGCCUUCAAGCUGAAGAAGCCGUCCAAAUACUGCAGCUGGAAAUGCGCGGCGGUCACAGCGAUCGCAGCUGCCGCCCUGCUGGCCAUCUUACUGUCCUACUUCAUUGCGAUCAACUUGCUGGGUCUGACGUGGCAGCUGAAGCCCUCUGACGGCCCUCUGUUAAACAACGGACUGGGAGCCGGUCUGCCUGUCAACAGUGACGUGGCCACACUGCCCUCUGGAGGCAGAGGUCCGUGGGCAGGCAGAAACAGCAGCAUAGACACCGGGAACAUCGAGGUGGGCAGGCGGGUGACCCAGGACGUCCCCCCUGGAGUGUUUUGGAGAUCCCUCCUCUAUCUCAGCCAGCCGCAGUUCCUCAAGUUCAACAUCUCCCUCGGGAAGGACGCCCUCUUCGGCGUUUACAUCCGCAAGGGCCUGCCCCCCUCGCACGCGCAGUACGACUACAUGGAGCGCCUCGACGGGAAGGAGAAGUGGAGCGUGGUGGAGUCCCCGCGGGAGAGGAGGAGCAUCCAGACCGUGGUCCUGAACGAGGCGGUGUUUGUCCAGUACCUGGACGCCGGCGCCUGGCACCUGGCCUUCUACAACGACGGCCGGGAGAGAGAGUCGGUCUCCUUCAGCACAAACGUCAUGGAUUCGGUGCAAGAGUGCCCGCGCAAUUGCCAUGGCAACGGAGAGUGCAACUCGGGCGUGUGCCACUGCUUCCCCGGAUUCCACGGCAUGGACUGCUCCAAAGCUGCUUGCCCGGUGCUGUGCAGCGGCAACGGCCAAUACGACAAGGGUUCCUGUGUGUGUUACAGUGGCUGGAAGGGACCCGAGUGCGACAUCCCCGUCACGCAAUGCAUAGACCCUCUUUGCAGCGGCCAUGGCACCUGCACCGAUGGAAACUGUGUGUGCUCCAUCGGCUACAAGGGGCCGAACUGUGCAGAGGUGGAUUGCCUGGACCCGACGUGUUCCAACAACGGCAUCUGCGUGAACGGAGAGUGCCACUGCAAGCCGGGGUGGGGAGGGCUGCACUGCGAACUGCCCAGGGCCCAGUGCCCGGACCAGUGCCACGGCCACGGCGCCUUCAUCCCAGACACCGGCUUGUGCAGCUGCGACCCCAACUGGAUGGGGCCCGACUGCUCCAUGGAGGUUUGCUCGGUCGACUGCGGGACCCACGGCGUGUGCAUGGGCGGGGCGUGUCGCUGUGAGGAAGGCUGGACCGGGGCCGGCUGCGACCAGCGCGUCUGCAACCCGCUCUGCAUCAAACACGGGACCUGCAAGGACGGCAAGUGCCAGUGCCACCAGGGCUGGAACGGCGAGCACUGCACCAUCGACGGCUGUCCCAACUUGUGUAACGGGAACGGCCAGUGCACCAUGGGUCAGCAGAGCUGGCACUGCGAGUGCCAGACAGGCUGGAGGGGCCCCGGAUGCAGCGUUGCCAUGGAAACCUCCUGCUCUGACAACAAGGACAACGAAGGAGACGGACUGACGGACUGCAUGGAUCCAGACUGUUGCAUCCAGAGUCCCUGUCAGAACAGCCCUCUGUGUCGGGGCUCCCGGGACCCCCUGCUGGUCAUCCAGCAGAACCCCAUGUCCCAGCCUCGAGUCAGGUCUUUCUACGACCGCGUCAAGAUGCUGGUGGGACGGGACAGCACCCACAUCAUCCCCGGGGAAAACCCGUUCAACUCCAGCUUGGCGUCCCUCAUCCGGGGUCAGGUGCUGACCACAGACGGAACCCCUCUGGUGGGGGUCAACGUGUCUUUUGUCAACUACCCACACUACGGAUACACGCUGACGCGGCAGGACGGAAUGUUUGACCUGAUAGCUAACGGCGGCGCCUCUCUGACCCUGCGGUUCGAGCGCGCGCCCUUCCUGAGCCAGGAGCGCACCGUUUGGCUGCCCUGGAGCCAGUUUUAUGCAAUGGACACGGUGGUGCUUAAGACAGAGGAGAACACGAUCCCAGGCUGCGAUCUGAGCGGCUUCGUCAGGCCUGACCCUGUUGUGAUUGCAUCCCCUCUCUCCUCCUUCUUCAGCUCCAAGCCAGGGGAGAAACCCAUCAUACCGGAGACACAGGUGCUGCAUGAGCAGAUCGAGGUGCCCGGCACAGGCCUCAAGCUGUGCUACCUAAGCUCCCGCACGCAGGGCUACCGCUCGCUCCUCAAGGUCACCAUGACCCCGGCCGUAGUGCCGAUGGGCCUGCUGAAGGUGCACCUGAUGGUGGCCGUGGAGGGCCACCUCUUCCAGAAGUGGUUCCACGCCUCCCCGAACUUGGCCUACACCUACAUCUGGGACAAGACGGACGCGUACGGGCAGAGGGUCUAUGGUCUGGCUGAAGCCGUCGUAUCGGUGGGCUAUGAGUACGAGUCGUGUGCCAGCCUGAUCCUCUGGGAGAAGAGGACCACCAUCCUGCAGGGCUACGAACUGGACCCCACCAAUUUGGGCGGCUGGUCGCUUGACAAGCACCACAUACUCAACACGCGCAGCGGCAUCCUGCACAAAGGCAGCGGCGAGAACGUGUUCGUGACGGAGCAGCCUCCGGUCAUCACGAGCAUCAUGGGAAACGGACGCAGGCGCAGCAUCUCGUGCCCGAGCUGCAACGGCCUCGCGGACGGCAACAAGCUGCUGGCGCCGGUCGCCUUGGCGAUGGGCAUCGACGGCAGCCUGUAUGUCGGCGACCUCAACUUCGUGCGUCGGGUCUACCCGUCGAUGAACACGACGGGAAUCCUGGAGCUGAGGAACAAAGACUUCAGGCACAGCAAUAACCCAACCCAUAAGUACUUCCUGGCGGUGGAUCCGGUAUCCGGGGCGCUGUUCAUCUCGGACACCAACUCCAGGCGGAUUUACAGGGUUCGCUCGCUGACGGGUGGCCGUCUGCUGUCGGACAACGCCGAGGUGGUGGCGGGGACGGGGGAGCAGUGCUUACCCUUCGACGAGCGCUGCGGCGACGGUGGAAAAGCCACUGAAGCUACGCUAAUGAGCCCCAAAGGCAUCGCUGUGGAUAAAAAUGGCCUGAUGUAUUUCGUGGACGCCACCAUGAUCCGCAAGGUGGACCAGAAUGGCAUCAUCUCCACUCUGCUUGGCGCCAACGACCUAACUGCCGUCCGGCCGCUGAGCUGUGACACCAGCAUGGACGUCAGCCAGGUCCGUCUGGAGUGGCCCACGGACUUAGCAGUGAACCCCAUGGACAACUCUCUCUACGUCCUGGAAAACAAUGUCAUCUUACGCAUCACUGAGAACCACCAGGUGAGCAUUAUUGCCGGCCGGCCCAUGCAUUGCCAAGUGCCAGGCAUUGACUACAGCCUCAGUAAGCUGGCUAUCCACGCCGCCCUGGAGAGUGCCACAGCCAUCGCCCUGUCCCACACCGGCACUCUCUACAUCGCUGAGACAGAUGAGAAGAAGAUUAAUCGAGUCAGACAGGUGAACACCAACGGAGAGAUCUCUCUCCUGGCCGGCGCCGCCUCCGACUGCGACUGCAAGAACGACGUCAACUGCAACUGCUUCUACGGCGACGACGGCUACGCCCCUGACGCGGGCUUGAACUCCCCGACGUCCCUCGCCGUCUCCCCCGACGGCACCCUCUUCAUCGCCGACCUCAACAACAUACGCAUCAGGGCGGUGCGGGCGAACCGGCCGGGCCCGGCCCUCUCGAGCGUGGGGUUCGCCGGGUCGGCGCAGUACGAGGUGGCGUCGCCGCGGGAACAGGAGCUGUAUGUCUUUGACGGCGAGGGGCUUCACAUCCAGACGGUCAGCCUCGUGACCGGGGAGCCCCUUUAUAACUUCACCUACGGCUCGGACGGCGAGCUGGUCAUGCUGGUGGACAACUGCAACAACACCGUCAAGGUCAGGAGAGACGGCCAAGGGCAGGGAGGCGGAGCCGGCCUGCUCAGGCUGGUGCUGCUGCCCGAGAAUCAGGUGGUGACCCUCGGAUUGGACCCGACCGGGGGGCUGCGCAGUGUGUCCGCCAUGGGCCAGGAGGUGGCUUUGAUGGGCUACAGCGGGAACACGGGCCUACUGGCCACCAAGGCUGAUGAGACCGGAUGGACAACAUUCUACCAGUAUGACAGCGAGGGCCGCCUGACCAACGUGACGUACCCGACGGGCAUGGUGACGAGUCUCCACCGCGAGAUCGAGCGCUCCAUCAACAUAGACAUCGAGAGCUCGAGCCGGGACGACGACGUCACCGUCAUCACCAACCUGUCCUCGGUCGAAGCCUCCUACACAGUGGUGCAAGACCAGGUGAGGAACAGCUACCAGCUGUGCAACAACGGCACCCUGAGAGUGAUGUAUGCCAACGGGAUGGGCAUCAGCUUCCACACCGAGCCCCACAUCCUGGCAGGCUCCGUCAGCCCCACCAUCGGGCGGAGGAACAUCACCCUGCCCACCGACAAUGGCCUCAACUCCAUCGAGUGGCGUCUGCGCAAAGAGCAGACCAAGGGUCGGAUCACCGUGUUUGGGAGGAAGCUGAGGGCUCACGGACGCAAUCUUCUCUCCAUCGACUUCGACCGCAAUACCCGCACUGAGAAGAUUUACGACGAUCACCGCAAGUUCACGCUGCGCAUCAUGUACGACACUCAGGGCCGCCCGGCCAUGUGGCUGCCGAGCAGCAGCUUGGCGGUCGUCAACGUUUCCUAUUCGCCCACCGGACAGCUCGUGGGUCUGCAGAGGGGCAGCAUGAGCGAGAAGACCGAGUUUGACUCCCAGGGUCGCAUCCUGUCCCGGUCGUUUGUGGACGGCAAGAUCUGGAGCUACAGCUACCUUGAUAAAUCCAUGGUGCUGCUGCUGCAGAGCCAAAGACAGUACGUCUUUGAGUUCGACGCCUCGGGGCGGGUCACAGCUGUCACCAUGCCCAGCGUCGCCCGCCACACCAUGUUCACGCACGUGUCUGUCGGCUACAUCCGCAACACCUACAACCCCCCGGAGAGCAACGCCUCCAUCAUCCACGACUUCAGCGAGGACGGCCGGCCGCAGGCCACGCACUACAUGGGCACCGGCCGCCGCGUCCUAUACAAGUACGGCAAGCUGGCCAAGCUGUCGGAGAUUGUGUACGACAGCACCGUUGUCACGUUCGGGUACGACGAGACGGCCGGCGUUCUCAAGAUGGUCAACCUGCAGAGCGGCGGCUUCUCUUGCACCAUCCGCUACCGCAAGAUGGGCCCCCUGAUCGACAAGCAGAUCUACCGCUUCAGCGAGGAGGGCAUGGUGAACGCGAGGUUCGACUACACCUACCAUGACAACAGCUUCCGCAUUGCCAGCAUGAAGCCCGUCAUCAGCGAGACGCCGCUGCCCGUUGACCUCUACCGAUACGAUGAGAUCUCCGGAAAGGUGGAGCACUUUGGGAAAUUCGGGGUCAUCUAUUAUGACAUUAAUCAAAUCAUCACCACAGCCGUAAUGACGCUGAGUAAGCAUUUCGACACCCACGGUCGCAUCAAGGAGGUCCAGUACGAGAUCUUCCGUUCGCUCAUGUACUGGAUGACGGUGCAGUAUGACAGCAUGGGCCGGGUUGUGAAGAGAGAGCUCAAGAUUGGGCCCUACGCCAACACCACUCAGUACCGCUAUGACUAUGAUGGAGACGGACAGCUCAGUGGUGUCAAGGUGAACGACUGGUCCACCUGGCGCUACAGCUACGACCUGAAUGGCAACCUCCACCUGCUGAAUCCGGGCAACAGCGCCCGGAUCCUUCCCCUCCGCUACGACCUCAGGGACCGCAUCACCCGCCUGGGAGACGUCCAGUACCGCCUGGACGAGGACGGUUUCCUCAGCCAGCGCGGCUCGGACGUCUUCGACUACAAUUCCAAAGGUCAGCUCCUGAGGGCCUACAACAGAGGACCGGGCGGCUGGAGCGUGGUGUACCACUACGACGGGCUCGGCCGUAGGGUGUCCACGCGGAACAGCCUGGGACAGCACCUCCAGUUCUUCUACGCUGACCUGAACCAUCCCACCAGGGUGACACAUAUCUUCAACCACUCCAGCUCUGACAUCUCAUCGCUUUACUACGACCUGCAGGGCCACUUGUUUGCAAUGGAGGUGAGCAGCGGAGAGGAAUAUUACAUUGCGUCCGACAACACAGGAACCCCACUGGCAGUUUUCAGCAGCAACGGGCAGAUGAUCAAACAGGUGCAGUACACGGCCUACGGUGAGGUGUACCUCGACUCUAACCCAGAGUUCCAGCUGGUGGUGGGUUUCCACGGCGGCCUGUACGACCCGCUGACCAAGCUGGUUCACUUCACCCAACGAGACUACGACGUGUUGGCCGGACGCUGGACCUCGCCCGACUACAGCAUGUGGCCCAAGAUAGGACGAGACCUCUCCCCGUUUAAUCUGUACAUGUUCAAGAACAACAACCCGCUCAGCGACAUGCUGGACGUCAAAAACUACGUGACAGAUGUGAAGAGCUGGUUGGUGAUGUUUGGCUUUCAGCUCAGCAACAUAAUCCCAGGAUUCCCUCGACACUCGCUCUACUUUGUGGAGCCGCCGUAUGAGCUUCAGGCCACCCAGCACUGUGAGAACGGACAGCUCAUCACCGGCGUGCAGCAGGCGGCAGAGCGCCACAACCAGGCCUUCAUGGCCCUCGAGGGCCGCCUUCUCAACAAAGAGCGCCGCAGACGUAAAGACAAGCCCGGCCACUGGUUCGGUACCAGCACCCCCAUCAUCGGCCGCGGAGUGAUGCUGGCGCUGAAGGAGGGCCGCGUUGUGGCCGGCGUGUCGCCGCUGGCCAGCGACGACAGCCGCAAGAUAGCUCUGGUGCUCAACGGCGCCCAGUACCUGGAGGGCACUCACUACACUCAGGACGGGAGGGACUGCCACUACUUUGUGAAAGUGGGGUCUGCCGACAGCGACCUGCUGGCCCUGGGGCUCACGAACGGACGGAAGUCUCUGGAGAGCGGCAUCAAUGUGACGGUGAGCGGCCGGUCGAGGAGAGGCGUGACCGUGGAGUUCGCCGUCCCGUCGCUAGUGCUGAGCAUUCGCUACGGGCUCUCUGUGGACGUGGUGGACGAAGAGAAGGUAAGACUGCUGGAGCUGGCCCGACAGAGGGCCCUGGCGGGGGCCUGGGCCAAGGAGCAGCAGCGCGCAAGGGACGGGAAAGGCGGCAGUCGCCUUUGGACCGAAGGGGAGAGGCAGCAGCUUCUAACGGCGGGUCGGGUCCAAGGCUACGACGGCUACUACGUGCUGCCGGUGGAGCAGUACCCAGAACUGGCCGACAGCAGCAACAACGUCCAGUUUCUCAGACAGAACGAGAUGGGCAGGAGGUAACAGCCCACCCGAACCCCGCUGACUCUUCCCUUCUCUCCCGACAUCUCCGGAUUUUGUCCCUUGUUUUUUUUUUUUUUUUUUUUUAUUUUUUUCAACCCCACCUCCUUAACCUUCUUACUCCUCUGAAAACCUACGGAGAACUAACCAACAAACGGGGUUACUCACGGAACGCUGCAGGGACUUUUAAAAAGUAUGAAAAACAUAUUGUUGAUUUUACUGCCACAGGCAAAAAAACAAAAACAAAAAAAAA